CUUGACUGGAGAGGUUUGAAAGGACAACGCGUUGUGCAGGCGAGCAGAGAGGACACACAUUGCGGACAUUUCCGGAUACCUGUGACCAAACACUGGCUGAAAUAUGGAGAAGGAGGAUCUGAUUGAAAGGGACCUGACCCUGACCGUGCUGCUCCCAGAGGGACACGAAAGAACAGUUACAGUGCACAGCAGUAAACCAGUGAUGGACGUGCUGGUCAUUCUGUGUGCUCGGUACCACCUGAACCCCUCAGACCAUGUGCUUGAGCUUUUUUCCAAAAAUCACAAUAAGCUCAAAUUCAAGCCCAGCUCUCUGAUUGGCUCUCUUGAAACUGAGCUUGUUGCGCUUAAACCUAAACGAAGUGACAACAGAAAGCCCCCGAACAUGCCUGUGGCCACAGUGCGUCUGUUGAUAAACUACAGGAAGUCCCAUAAGGCCGUAGUGCGAGUCAGUCCCAGGGUUCCCCUGGCCGAGUUAAUGCCAGCUGUGUGUGACAAGUGUGAGAUGGAUCCAAAAAUCACUGUGUUGUUGAGAGACAGCCAAUCAGAAGAGCCUCUGGAUCUGACUAAAACGCUCAACGACUAUGGCAUCAGAGACCUGUAUGCAAAAGCUGUUUCAAGUUCCCCAACUGACUCGGCAACGCUGACUAAUAAAGAUUGCAAGAAGGACAAAUUGGCGAUGCAGGAGAAAGUCCUCGGAGAGGAAGAGAACAGUGGAUUACUCGGCUUGUUCAGAAGAAGCAGGAAAUCGGCUGAAGAGACUGCUACCAACACCAACCCCAUCAGUGCUGCCACCCCUCUAGUGCUGAAAGAUCAGCAUGCCAACAAUACGGGCUGUUCCAACGCAAACUCCGCCUCAUCCACGGCGUCUUCAGAAAUGACGAAGAAGAGACGGGCGCCUCAGCCUCCCAGCAUGCUCGGCUCCCGGAGCAUCUCUUGUGAACUGAACUCUAGUCAACAAUCCACACUGCCGUCCACUGAUAAUGAAAACCAGGGUGUUCUGAGUCGAGCCUCAUCCUCUGAGUCGUCUCUCAGGAGGAAUAAACGCAGAGCUCCUCCUCCUCCACGCACAAGCCCUUCCUUGCCAGACACUUCUGAUAAAGAAAGGUCAUAUACAGGAUCCUUUCUAGAGGAUGCUGAAGAGGACAACUCUACUGAAGCCAGUUUCAAUCAAUCCAGCUAUUUUAAAUCAACCUGUUUGUCCUUCCCAUCAUCCCCUCUAAUGGCUGAGGUCCUGGCUGAAUUUACACACAGAAUGAAAACCAUGGAGCAGAAUGAUGUCUCAUUUGAUUGGUCUGUCACACAUUCACCUCUAGCACCUCCGACCCUUCCUCCAGUGUCUGAAUCUCUGGAUGGCGAUCCUGUAGUGCCGCCUGGCUGUGAGCUGCUGAGAAACGGCUCUCGGAGAGACUGCCUCACCACCUUCACCGUGGUGCCCCGGAGAAGACCGCAAAGCAUGAGACAAUACGAGGUUCUCCUCACAAUGGAGAACUCUGAGACGAUGGAGAUUAAUGGAGAUACAGGAGAAAAUCUGGAGGGAAGUAUUUCCGAAUCGAGAGAGAUUGAGAAGACCGAGAUGGGUACCAAGGAGAUGGUGAUGCUUGAGAGAACAGAUGCUGAAUCUGAGAAUCUAGAGGAAACAAAUAAAGAGCUGGGUAUCACAGAAGCAUUUGGGAAAUUAAAGCUGAAUAUGGAUGCAGAGAAACACCUCCCGGAGGACAGAGACAAGAUGGAAGUUCAAGACGAGAGAGACUGGAUAGAGCAGUACAGAGAAAUUAGAAUGAGAUUUCUAAGUGGUGAUGAUGAUCAUGAUGGGAAAGAAGCUAAAUUAAAGACCUCUACAAAGGUGUUUGAUGAAGAAAUGGUGGAUGAUGUUCCACCACCACCACCACAACUUUCUGUUUGCUGGGAAGAGGAAGACACUGAGACACAGAAUCUAGAGGAAACUGAUAGUUUUGGGAAAGAGGAAGUUGAGGAAGACAAAGCAGCAAACACUUUCACUAUCCAAAACCCAAAUCCAUCCAGAUAUGACCCUCACCAUGACCCUACAUAUGAUGCCUCAUAUACCCAAGACCCCUACUGGGAUGUAAACCUUUCAUCUAACCAGCAGUCCUCCAACUCCGACACACCUUUCACAAGCUCUUCCCAGUCCAAUCCUCAAACUCACCAACCCAAUUCCGUUCAAUCUACUUUACCCCAUGUCUCAAAAUCUAAACUCAACCCCAGCUUUGAGCUUUCUUCUCCAAACUCUGCAUCUCUCUUUGGUUUGGCUGUCUCCCAGAGAGUUCAGAGUCUUGGAAAUGACAUCUUUCCUUUAAUUCCAUCUGCAAGAAGGACAAGCUCUCCAACUCCACAUCCCCAAAGUGUCGGUUCCCAACACACUUCCUCUCAAAAGCUCUAUUUCCAAAACCUGAUCUCACAAGAGUUCAUUUCUAAGAUUCCAGCAUCUCCAGGUUCCUGCAGUGAAGCCCUGCCCACUUUUACAGCUCCACCCUCUGUCAUUAUGACAACUCGGGCAAGGAGGCAGGCCUGGAGUUCCUUUUCACGCACAAAGUUGAAAAAUUUGGAGCCAGUUUGAAGAUCUGGAUUCAGAUGAACCUUUCACACAUCACAUUUUGUUGUUUUGGAACUCUAAAGAAGUGCUGGCUUGUAUUAAAUCAUUAAUUGGUUACAUUUGAUUUUUGCCUUUUUUUAAAAAAAAUUAUUAUUAUUACAGUGCCCUCCACGAAUAUUGGCACCCUUGGUAAAUAUGAGCAAAGAAGGUUGUGAAAAAUUCCUUGUUUAACCUUUUGAUCUUUUGUUUAAAAAAAACAAACUCAUCUCUGCUCUCAUGGAUAUCAAACAAUUGCAAACAAAACACCGGUUCAUCACAAAAUGUAAAUCUUUGUUAGGUGUGCAACAAUUAUUGGCACCCUUAACUAACACAACCAACUAUAAAUGGGAAUAUACGUCAAAUAUAUUUUUCUCAUAAGAAUUCGUAGGGGUGCCAAUAAUUGUUGCACACCUAUAUUUAACAGACUUUUUUUUUUUUUUUUUUUUUUAAAUAAACCUGUGUUGUGUUUGCAAUUGUUUGAUAUCCAUGAGACCAGAGCCUUUCAAAGCCGCCUUUGCUCAUAUUUACCAAGGGUACCAAUAUUAAUGGCGAACACUCUGUAUAAUUUUUUUUUUUUUUUUUUAAAUUAAACAGUAUUCUUUAUAUAAUUGGUAUAAUCUUGGUAGAUUACUUAAAUUUUUUUGUUUUUGACAAUUUAUGAAAGUGGUGAUAAUUUUGUUUUGUAUAUAAAUUAAACAUUUCAAGCAUCUGAUUUUGUAUCAUGAUUUGAUUUAUUUAUUUAUUGUAAGCAGUAAUACAGCUACACACUUACAAAAAAAAAAAAGAUUCACACUCUAGGAUUCAGUCCAAUUUUCCACUCUCUUCUGUGCUUAUGGUUUAUAAAAAUAGCCAAAGGAUACACUCGGCUGUACCCCCUGUGCUGUAUUUGAAAUGUAAAUGAAGAUAAUGUAAGUUGAGUUGAAUUCUGGAGAGCAGGCAUGGUUUUUCUUUCUUUCUUUCUUUCUUUCUUUCUUUCUUUCUUCCUUCCUUCUUUUUUUUGUUGUUUUUUUUUGUUGUUGUUGCUCUAAGCGGGAUUCAGUAAUGUGUUUGGUUUCUAUGCAGCAAAACAUGUUUUCUCUCCAAAAUGCCUCAAGAUACAAAAUCAUUCUACACACAUGUUAUAAAUAAGAGAAUACAGAAAUAAAAGCUCAGUAUGCUAUAGUGAGCUGGUAAUGAUGGUGUGCAAGCAGUAUCGUUUAAACCCAAAAGAAGAAGAAGAAGAAGAAACCAACCAUCCAGAAGAUGAUUUCAUACACAACAAUAAACUAUAACAUUUUGUUCAUACACUCAAGUUUUACUGAUUCCACCAUAUUUUUCUUUGUGGGUUUUUUUUGCCAUUAUUAUUCAUGUGCCAAUGUUAUUGUAUUUAUUAUGAAAGACGGACCACAAUAUUAAUCUUAACUACUUAUAUUAAAUUUAUAAUAAUUAAUUCAUCUUCAGUAACCUAAGUGUGAAUGUGUGUGCACAUGGUGCACUGCGAUGCUCGACAUCCAGGGUGUAUUCCCACCAUCCUGACCAGGAAAAAUAAAAAUAAUAAACUCCACACGGGAAGCUGAACUUGAACCAGAAUAGAAAAAUAUUAUUAUUAUUAUUGAAAUUUAUUCACAAUCCAAUCUUUUUGAAUCUGGCACAGAGCUGUACAUAAUUUAUAUAUUAUUUUAGCAUUACCCAUAAAAGUAGCCAAAAAUGCCGGCUUUUUGGCAGAAUAUGUAUGAUUAUUUGACAGAAUGUAUGAUUUUGUGUUCUUACAUUUGCAUUUGGUCGUUACCCAGCAUGGAAUAAGCAAAGGUAAAUAGUGGGGAAUCCUUUAGGUUAGCCGCUUCCUGUAGCAUUAAUCUCUAGCUUUCCUGAGAUUUAGAAGGAUGGGAAAAAAGAGAAGUUUGCUCAUCCAUUCCCAC